AUGUCGGAGGUCGAACCUGACCUCGAGGUCGGCGUGGCCACCGCAUCAGCGAAGGCGGGUGCAAAACUCAAGGCCGAUCCCAAGGCCGCAGCGACCGCCGCGGUGACGCUGCCGCCGCAGAUUGUGGAGGACGGGACCCCUCGCCAGCAGUGGGCGUUCGUGCGGAAGGUGUACGCCGUCGUCUUGCUGCAGUACUGGCUCGCGGGGGCCAUCGUCGCCGUCACCUGCUUCGUGCCCACCGUCCCGCGCUUCUUCAAGUCCCGCCACGUCGCCGCCUAUUUCGCCCUCACCGGCAUCGUCGUCGUCCCCUUCAUCGGUAUCACGGUUUUGCAAUCUAUGAUUCUUACAGAAGUUGCUAUGAUUAAUCUCAUCAUCUACACAUUCUGGGCAGCCAUAAGACAGUACAAAGUCACCUUCCUGUGCCCCUUCCUGAUCAACCAUGUCCUCAUAUUUGCGGUCUACCUGACCAUUCAGUUCAACUGUCCUCUGGGAAGCGUCAACAUGACCGGAUUCGGUUGCUGUGUCACCAUGGUGUUCGUUGCGUUCAUCAUCCAUGACAUAGACCUGCUGAUCAAGCGUCACAAAUACAAGGAGCACAUCUUUGCUGCAAUAUCACUAUACCCGGACCUCAUCAACCUGGCCAUUUCUUGGCUGCUGCCAUCACCCAGUAACUGUAAAUGA